UGAGGCUGAGACGUGAGAUGCAACUCAGAGGGACUCGCUCCUAGAGGCAAAGUUAUGGCACGGCCAUCCCCGGAGAAAAAGGUCCCGCAGCAAUUUCUCUUUGCCAAAAAGUCCCUCACCGGUGACGCGCACGCCUUUCUGGGACUCACGACCCCGGAGCGAGAAAACCCCAAAUUACGCGUCAAAUUAAACUAAUUAGAAAUUGGGGUAGAAGCGGGUCGAGGAUUGCAGGAGAUUACAGCAGCGUUGAGUCGAGUGAGGGUCACAAUGCAACAGGCCUGUCAAGUGAAGAUAACAACUAGCUCACAGCCACACAUGGUGUAAAGCUGAUCUACAUGCAGCCAUAGUUACAAGUGCCCUUCAACCAACCUGAGAAUGACACUCAGAGAAUAGGACUCCUGAGUUUAUUCUGCGCCUCCAGAGCCUUCAGGCAAACUACCAAAUCAGCAUUAACAGUGAAACCAAGGCAGCCAUGAACCUGUUCAGGAAAGAUGCCAUGUCCUCAAAGAAGGAGAAGGAGAAAGAGAUCCAGUAUGAGGACCCUCCAGAUGGAGGCUGGGGCUGGAUGGUGGUACUGCACUGCUUCCUGGUGAAUGUCCUAGUGAUGGGAACACUGAAGAGUUUCGGGAUCUUCUUUGUGGCGUUCCAAGAUGAGUUUGGAGGCUCGUCAGAGAGCAUCAGCUGGAUCGGCUCCAUCAUGUCGAGUCUGCGUCUGUCAGGGGCACCCAUUGCCUCAGUGGCCUGUGCCAAGGUAGGAACCAGGGUGACCUCCAUCGCCGGGGCAGUGCUGGUUAGUGGAGGCUUCCUCAUGAGUAUUUUCGCCAGCAGUGUGGUGUUCCUCUACAUCAGCAUGGGAGUUAUAGUAGGAAUUGGUUUUGCACUACUAUACCAAUCCUUCUCAGUCGUCACAGCGCUGUACUUCCGAAAGAGGUUAGCGACAGCGUAUGCAAUUGGACGUUCUGGGAUGGGUUUGACCUUUGCCCUUGCUCCAUUCACUCAGCUGCUCCUGGACAAGUAUGCUUGGCAAGGUGCAAUGCUGAUUCUUGGUGGCCUCAUGCUGAACCUGGUGGCCACUGGGAUGCUUCUGCGACCCAUCAAAGUGAAGCCCCCCGCGUCAAACCCUACCUCUUCCCCCAUUCAAAAGAGCCCUGCUAUUUCCCUCAAGAGCUCCUCAGAGAAGGAAUACACUAAGAGCUGCUUGAAUGGCUCCUCUCACUUAUCCAAUGGCAUCUCCAAAUCAGACUCAUUCCCAUCCCCUCCUCCUCCCUUCCCUAAUGGGGACACUGACAACCUGGGGGGCCAGUGUACUCAGGGACUCCAGGACCAGUCAGUGAACCCUGAACUGACCAGACUGGUCCUCAAUGGUGUGAAUGGCCAUGAGCCCCACCGUGACUUGGGUCAGUGUAAACCCACAACUCCAGACAGCUCAGCGGAGCUAAAUGGCAGCAUGAAUGGGUCCACCAUUGUCGGAGUUCCCUCACAUGCCAGCACGCCAAGUGAGGCGGCCAUCAUAAAAGCCAAAGUACUGGAUUUCUCCCUGCUGAAGGACCCAUUCUUUUGUAUCUACACUUGGUCCUUGGUCUUCAGCCAGCUGGCCUACUUCAUCCCCUAUUUCCACCUGUCUGCCCGUGCCAGAACCCUGGACAUCGAUGCCAUGGAUGCUUCAUUCAUCAUCUCUGUGGCAGGUAUCACAGAGACCAUCGCCCAGCUGGCCUCGGGCUGGGUGACAGACAGGAACCUGCUCCAUAAAUACCACUACCACAAGGCCUACCUGAUCCUCUGUGGCCUGGUCAACCUGCUCUCCCCACUGGCAACCUCCUACAUCCUGCUGAUGGUUUACGCUGUCUUCUUUGCCAUCUUCUGUGGUGGAUACAUGGCUCUGCUGCUGCCUGUUCUGGUAGAUCUCGUGGGGUCGGAGAAACUCAACAACUCCAUGGGCUUCUCCAUGUUCUUUGUUGGCCUUGGUUGCCUCACAGGACCUCCUUUGGCAGGUUUCCUGUAUGACUACACCCAGACUUACGACUGUUCUUUCUACCUGGCUGGGCUCUGCUAUCUGCUUUCUUCUGUCUCGCUGUUCAUGGAGCCUCUUGCUCAGCGCUGGAAGGCCAGGAACAAUCUGACCCGCACCAAGAGAGCGGAAAGCAGCUGUAAGACCAACGGCUGCUUCACCCCCGACCGCCUGCAGAACGGCGCUGUGUAGUAAUGAAACCCAGGGAAGGCCUUCGAUCUUGAACCAGCAUGCUCAUAAUUUGCCAUGGGCCCGCAUACCUUGGACCUUGGACUCCAGCUUAAAGUCAGGACCCAAGUGACCCUUAAUUUCAGCAGGAGCCUAACACAGGCCGAGGAGACCGCAGUAACACGUCUAAGAACAUGCAGCAGUUGGGACGUUGGUGAAUGAUUGAACUUUUAAAGAGCCAAAAUUAUGUUCUGCAAAAUAUUUUACCCCCUUACUCUUGUUCUUAUCAAACAGUACAUGCAUCCAAACUGACACAGCACGUUUUAAUAUUAGCUGCUUUCCAAUUAUAACUUAUUAAAAAACAAUCUGUUUCCCAACGCAACAACAAAAUCUGCAAUCACUUUGCAGUAUCUUCACAUUGCACAUUAAUAUUGCUGGAAACUAAGCUAUGCAGUUGAGCUUGAAAUCCUGUUAUCCGAAAUCCUUCUAUCAUUCUGCGAUGCCAUUAAUGGAAGCACAUAUCCAUGAAGAAAUACUUCUUACUUACUUUCUCUGGAAGCAUUUACCUGUAUCUGUAAACCUGUACUCACUGGUAUGCACUUUGGGCCAAGUUGUGAUUAUGCUGCAUGACAUUUCUUAUGACCUUUUUAACUGCCAGCAACCACUUAAAGCUGGGGUAGGCAGUUUUUUGGCAACGGCAAAAAGAAAAACGCCAAAAUUUGAAAACACAGCCUUCCUCCUGCACCUAUGCCCUCUCUGGCCUAAGCCCCUCCUACCUACAGAAACAUGAACAUUUGCCACAGCCAUGAGCCUAUGACUACAGUUAGCGCUUCGGUUUCUGAAACACUUCACCGAUAUUUAAACGUUUUUAUUGUGUUCUUUGCCAGACUCUCUUUUAGCCCGUCUUCCUUUUUUGGGUUGUUUUGUAGUGUAGUUAGUUGUUGCCAAUGCUCGAAUAGCAACUUUUCUGCAAGAUUUUCCACCAGUGGAUCAGGCUUUCACCAUCUGAAGGGACGUGCACGUGCAUCUGCAUUUGCAGAACAGCCAAUAGGAGUGACCUAUGACUAGCCACAGUCUCCCUAGCAACCCAAAAACAGAGCCAAGAGGAGGUGCAGGAGUCAUGUUUUCUCUCAGGCUAGUUGAAUUACAGUAUGCUCAAAAGUUAUUAUGGGAUUUUUCCCCCAAAGAUGCCAAAAAUAAAUCAAUAAAUAAAAACUGCCUACCCGAGCUGUAACUGCAGCCUGCUUCUGUGACACAAAGUGUAACCUGCUCUUCAAAGCCAAAAAGCAGCAACUGCUUCAGUAGUUUAAUCUCUUGCCCCAGCAGGAUUAUCGUAGGCACAGGGGUAGAUUGUACGGCAUGUUCUAGCAUUUAGAGGUAUAAUCAUAUUCUCUUAUUUAUAUCCUUAUUAUUAAUAUUCUGGACACUUUUAUUUGUCUGUCAGCUACUUCAGCAUACUUUGACAGACACACUAUUCAAACUGCAAAAUGUUCAGCUCGUUUGGACAUCCGUGCUGCUGUCCAGACUUUUGUAUAUCUUUCUUUCAACUUUUUGCCCCAGAAAUUACUGGACAGAAUGUUAAAAGUUUAAACAUUUUCAUUUCCUCUUGAAGCCUUUCAUUCAUUGGUUCAUCUACUACCUUUUGUACUUUAUGACACUACUUCUGUUUUUCAUACCUCUCAUAGUUUUUUAAUAAUGUGUGUGCGUGGUGUUGGUGAUUCAGAGGCAGUGAAAAGUUAAACUGACCCUUCAACUUCGUUCAUCUCUUACCUACAUAAAAACUGACACUUUAACUGCGGACAGUGCACAGACAAACUGUCUCUACAACUGAGAUUUCACCUACUUUCAGCAGUAAACACGUCUGUUGACAUGCUUAAUUUAUUUUUAUAUAACUUUUAUUUUGCUAGGAUCAGUCCCAUUAAAAUUAAAAAUCUCUUUUUCAAGGGAGUCCUGGCCAAGAUAGGCAGCAGCACAAGUUUCUGCUCUUAUCUCUUACUCUUUAUCUGACAACUGAACAUCUAUUAGUCAACUGAUCUAUCUUAGUCGAGUUUAUCACAGGAAACGCAGUUCAACUUUUAUUUGUAAUGCUGCAAAUGACAGUUCAGCUGCUUUUAUGUUUUAUACUUUAACAAUUCAGCUGCUUUCAGCGCUUGUGAGUCAACUGAUAUUUCAGUUGCUUUCAUUCUAAUACUUCAGUUUCUUUCAGCUUUUAUUCUUUAGCUGACAGUCCAAUAACGCUCUCUUCUGGGAACCAGACAAAUCUGCGAGCUUAUGUUUUACUUGCUCUGGCAGAUGCAUCUGGUCCUCCUCCGCUUUGGACAGAUUUCAAGCCACCUGAGACGUGCCAGGCCAAUCCCAACCAUUUAUUUGAUGAUAGGCUUGUUUGUGACAAAGACCGUGAAGAGGAGCUCCGUUGAGUCAUUUUCGAAAACAAGAUGGCUGCAGCUGAUGUGGACCUUUCUGUCAAAGUUUUGAAUUGCCUGGGUCCAGACCCUUAAAAUCCGUCUAUGACACGGACUGAUUUGUCGGGCAUCAUGACAUGAUGGUUAAAAGCAAUCAAUUCAAAGAAUGCUGUGGGUGGACGAACGAUUAGCCAGUCACUGCCAUGGCAAGACCAAGUUGUGCGCUCUCUGUGGUCCACACCUUCCACUCACUCUGCCAUGUUGACUGAUUACAUAGAGGCAAGUCUUAUCCACAACACUUAACAUCAUAGUUUGGUUUUACUUAGCUCUGCUCCACCCUGAAAAGUCCGGCAAAACCAGUAUGUUGGCAUGGUUACGAUGAAAACAAUGUAAUGAGCCAAAAAUUCUGUCUGACCUCAGGCAAAGUAAAACGAACUGGCCGGUAUGAUUUAACUUAACGAAGAACAAUGACCUGCACUUAAAGCUUUACUUGAGAAGGAGGAUGUUUGCUUUACUUCAACAGGGUUUAGCAACAGUCAUAUACCAACUCAUAAUAUACCAGCUCAUCUUUGCACGCUGUCAGGCAGUAAUUUCCACCCACUUUUCACCAAAUCCUUCAAGUGAUUGGCUGGUACUGCUGUGCUGUCAUUGGCCAUCUACACCAUACCUGGUCACACACUGAUAAGCCUUUGAGAACGCCCCUUGGAAAUCAAAAAUUAAAUGAGAGGAUCCAACUAACUUGCAUGUGGAGUUUGGUGUGGCCAUGUCAGGCUAACUGCAUUUAAACACAUACAAAUAUUUGCUAAAAGGCAACAAACCUAAAACUGAAGCUUUCAGCCAUGACACUUUAACUGCUUUCAGCUGCCUUCUGCUCUGUCACCUCAGCUUGUUUCAAUGCUCACUUCAAAUGACAAUUCAAACAUUUUUAGUGCUUCAGCGUCAACUGGCAUUCACCUCCUUUCAUCACAUUUUAACCUGUUUACAGUGUUUGCACCUGCAGUUUUGAGUGCAAGCGAGCACACUUCAUUUCCUUCAGAAAACUUAAUUAUUCUUUUGUUGUAUCAAAACCGCAGUAAUGACCUUUUUAAACACUACAACAAACUAUAAACUGCCUCUUUCCUUUGUGGGUCAGCAGUGAAUCAUUUUAAUAACUGCACAUUCACGUUAUGUUUUACUCUGCAGUGCCUGCAGGUAACGGUCACGCCUAGCUCACCGUCUGCGAGCUGUUCUAUGCAAGUGCUAACACACAGAGAGAUAUCUUUCAUUGACAGCUCACUUGUACAUCAUUUAAACUGUAGCAACGAUACCAGCUCCUUAAAGAAGAAGCCAGGUUGGUCGAGAUUUAAGUAUGCCUCCUAAAUAUAUUGAUCACAGUUGGACUGCUGAUGAGCUCCGCUGAAAAGCAGGGUUUUCUGUGUCAUUCUGUCGACCUUGUGUGUCUGUAAAUCUCUGACCAACUGCGUCACAAAGAUGUUUUGCUGAUGUUGCCCAUAUAAACUGGACUGAUAGGAAACCGUUGCCUCGCCUUUACAGUGCCUAAGGCAGCCAAUUAAUGGCAAUGCAACUUCUUAUGAUAUUGUGUUUAUAUAUGGGAGUCUGUUGGUUGUUUUUUAUGUCGUAGAGGUUUUUGUGUUUUCAGUAAAUUCCUUGUUUUUCACCACUGUUUGCCUUACAAGGUACUGUAAUGUAUCUUUACUAACUCCUGUGAUGUCAGCCAAAGACACAUUAGAAACCUACCUGCAACUUGAAGCUUAUUAUUAGUUAAAAAAAAAAAAAGGUUUUAGCUGUUUAAAUAUAUUUUAAAUGUGAUGACCCUCCAUUAUACAGUCAUUAAGUCUUACUUGAGGGCAGCCCAGGAUCCAGUGCUGGAUGUGUUUUGUUACGCUGCCCUCUUGUGGCAGAGGGAAGCCUCUACUCAAAGAAUGCUGUCUCAAUUAGUACCAAAUUAUUCCCCCUCAUCUCACUUUCACAAUACUGAGCAAGGCUCUUUGUAUUGUUUCAAUAACGACAGUCAUGCACAAAAGCUCUUUUGGCUCACGAGUUGCAUUCACCACCAGUAUGCUUUUGUGAUUGAGGGCCACAGAAUAUUUUGUACCAUAACAAAUCUUUUAUGAAAUGUACUUGAUGCUUUAAAAGUAGAUUUUGGUUUGGGAUUAUUUUACUUUAUAGUUAUCUGGAUAUGUUAAGGAUCUGUAUGUUUGAGCAUUAUCUUGAAAUCAUUUUUAUGUCCCUCUGGUAAUGUCUUAAACGCCACUGAUAAUGACCUGAGUUUGGUUUGAUGGUAUUGAAUCUUAUGUUUUUUGUUGCAGCAAAUGCAUUUAUGGGUAAAGCACUGUUUUGUCACUACUCUGGCUCCCGGAUUUGUGAACUGAUAGUUUAGAGAAUAUGCUUAACCAAUCAUAGAUAUCCUGUUCCAAGUCCUUAGAGUUCAUUUUUAAGCCUUGUAACAGUGCGCAGUCAGCUGUAAUAAACUGACAUGUGACUCAAGUCUGUGCUGGUUUGAUUCAGACAACUCGGAGCAAUAAAUGCACUGAUACCACG